AUGGGAGGGGUACAGGAGCGCGCCGAGGAGGUUGACCUAGUGAAUGGGCGGCGCGUACUGGAGGCUGAGAGAGGCAUUAGGGAAAUACUCAUAGGGCAGAGAGAAAGGUGAACAUUGGGUAGGGUUCUUUACUAGUGGGGUACACCGGCCGGCGGUAAGAGAGCGCUAUAUCAGGGCGUGGGAUAAGAAUAACGAUAAGUGGGGCGGCAGGGCAUUACAGUCUCGCUGUGACUCACCUCAAGCGCUGAACAGACAGGGAGGAAAAGAGACCGCGGCACAGGUAGACCCAGCCAGGCCGGGGAAGACGUGCCUGGAGACCCGCUGAACCCUGGAAGUUGCUUCCUGGCCAUGGAGCAUCAAUAUCUACAAGCAGCCAACCGAUAUCAAGUGCUUCAGAAUGAGGAUGAUUCAUCAGAGGCACCAACUGUAGAACAGCCUUCAACCUCUACGCAACCAUCUCAGGCUGCCCAAACCUCAUCAUCUGCAUCAGAUGUCUCUCCUCCACCCUACAGCAGCAUUGUUGCUGGAACAACUACAGAUGCAGAAACAAGUAGUGACUUCUAUCCUGUGCCACCCCCCUAUAGUGUAGCAACUACACUUCCAACUUAUGAUGAAGCAGAGAAGGCAAAGGCUGCAGCAUUGGCAGCAGUAGCAGCUGAAGCACAAAGAGAAGAGGAAUAUCCACCUAGAGAUGACUUCAGUGAUGCUGAUCAGCUGAGAGUGGGGAAUGAUGGGAUUUUCAUGCUGGCAUUUUUUAUGGCAUUCAUAUUUAACUGGAUUGGAUUUUGCUUAUCCUUCUGCAUAACUAAUACAAUUGCUGGAAGAUAUGGGGCUAUCUGUGGUUUUGGCCUUUCACUAAUCAAAUGGAUUUUGAUUGUGAGAUUUUCUGACUAUUUCACUGGAUACUUCAAUGGACAAUAUUGGCUUUGGUGGAUAUUCCUAGUUCUAGGUUUGUUACUAUUCUUCAGAGGAUUUGUCAAUUACCUCAAAGUGCGAAACAUGUCUGAAAGUAUGGCUGCUGCACAUAGAACAAGAUUUUUCUUCUUAUAUUAGAGAUACAGCCAACCAGACUUUCCUUUACCAGUGCGAACCAACUAGUCUACAGUUCUCCAAGUGUAUUGAUUAGAAGACUAAUAACGAUGAUGAUGAUGAUGAUGAUGAUGAUGCAGAACAGAAGUUAAUGCUUUUCUGGCAGCUCAAUCAAUUGUUGUCUGUUUAAUAUUGUCCUUAUGUUGCACAUUUUGUAUGUGCUUAAUUUGCCUAGAUAAAAGCUUAAUUACUUACAAAUCCAAUUUUAAGGCUAAAAAUGGGACCUAUAUCAGCAUGACAGGGUUUUCCUCUUUACAACAAAGCAUUUAGUGAGCAAAAGUGCAACCACAUGUGCAGGUUUUUCUUAAUUACACUAUCAUAUCCUUAAUUUAUUGCAUCACUGAUGCUGGAAAAACAACUGAAAAGUGUAUAUUGCCAGGAUAUAAUAGUCCAUCCUACAUAAAUUAGAACUUACCUUUUUGCCAAAAAGUUACUAACAUGCUCAAUUGAAAAAUGAUGUCUUAAAUAUUUAAUUGACCAGAUUGUCUGUUUACUAAGUCCUAGUGUUAUAUUAUCUGUUUAAAUUAAGCGUAAUCUUAAAUAUUAAUAUGUUUCUUAAAUAGCCUUAUUUUUUUUUCCUACAAUUGGAUAGAACAAAUAUUUUUCAUCCUUCAAAGCUUUUAUUUUGAUCAAAUUGUGCCAUGCAAUUUAUUGUCCUCUAUAUAUCAAAGCACGUCAUAUUUAACAGCAGUAUCCUUUUACUUGCAGGCAACUGAACAAAUAUACUGUAUAGCUUGUAAAUAAGAAUAGUCCCAUCUUAGUCUAUCAGUGCAGAUCAUUACAAUAGAUUCCAAGGCUACUGAACCUUUGCCAAUGUUUUUAUGUGCCUUUGCAAAAAUUCUACAAGGGCUCUUGCAAAAAUGCGUCUAGAUUUCCCAUGUGGCUUUCUUUUUCAAAUGUUGGCACACAAAGGCCAAAAGGCAGAUUGCAGGUAGGCUAUAUUGGCAUUUGCUGACAAACAUGAUCAUGCCAGGGUCAUUCUUUUACAGAUUAAAUUAUGCUGAAGGAGAACACAUAUCAACAGUAGUUUUUUUUUAUUUCAGCAGUAUACAUAUAUAGAAAAAGUUUCUUCUGGAAGAAGAUUCUUUUGUUUAUGCUUGAAUGAAGAUUUGCAAUAUUUAUUUUACUUGUCUGUUUUUUUUUUCACUAUGUAUUUUUUUUUACUGUCCUAUAUGUUAAUUUUUGUGUGUCAAUUUGUUUUGCAAUCUGUCAAUUAUUUAAUACUGAGAAAAAAUCAUCUCUUUAUAGCAUAACUUCUUAACAGCAUUUGCAUGAUUUAAAGAUAAAAAUUUAACCUUUAUUAACUUUUUCUUCCUUGUGUUUUUUUCCUAAAGUAAAACUGUAUGAAAGCAGAACUUUAUCUGUUCAUAAAACAUUAUUCUCUAUAUUAAUGCUAUAGUAGUUGCAAUAUUGCUUGCCACUGCAGAGGCUUUGCGCCUCUCCCUGUAGCUCAUAUCACAUACUACUCCUGUGUUAUUCCAAACUCUAUAGCUAGAUACAGAUGUUUUGUUUAUGGAAUGUAUUAUGUAUGCAAUGAAUAAUGACCUCAUGGUUUCCUUGUUGCAAGGGGAAAAACUCACUUAUAAUUGUAGUAUGUUGUCUUUUCUCCUAUUUUGUAUUCUUGAAAUAGCAUUAGAGCAAUUAUAAACAUGUCCUAGGAAUUCCUUUACACUUGUAUUGUGCCAAGGAUAAAACAGACUCAGGUGUGUAAACAUUAACAUAAAAAUGGAAUUUAGUUUUCAAAAAAAUACAAAAAGCACUGUUGAAGUGUUCAGACAGAUUGGCAGUGUAUAUUGUACUAGUCUACUUUACACAUUUUAGUAAAAUAAGACCCAGUUUAAAGGAGUACUAAGCAUAAAAACAAAUAUGGCUAGAAAUACCAUUUCAUAUACUGAGCUCAGGGCCGCUCCCACCAUGAGGCAAGGUGAGAAGCCUAAUUACCUGAGGGGGCAAAAAGCCACCUCUGGUAACUGUAAGAGCCACUAGAGAUGCAGCCCCCUCUGGACCCACUCUGCUCUUACAACUUUAGUGUCAGAAUGUGAGAGAGGGGGCAGCAUCUGGGCUGCUUCCUCAGGUUGCAGCAGCCGCAGAAUCACCACUGACUUAGCUUAAUGUGCCAGCUUAAAGGUUCAGCAUCUCUACAGUAAUAAUGAGCCAGGCCUUCAGAGUUGCCACAGGAGCUCCCCGUCCUGGAUUCUGUUAAGUGUCAGUGAGACUCACAUUUUUAAAGUACUCUGGGCAGAAGCUAAGCUUAGGGGUUGUGGUAAAUCAGCAAGCAAAAAUUAAGAUUUGUCUGUUGUAUUAGCUGAUGCUAAUUGCACUGGUUUGGAGCUGCCAUGUAAUAAGGCUCUUAAUUUAUUACAAAUCUUACUUAUAUUGGGACAUUUUUAUUCUAUAUAUACAGUAUAUUGUGAGUCGGCCCCUACACUCAGUAUGUGACAGCAGCACAGAGCAUGUGCAGGAAAUCAGCAGAAAAGAAGAUGGGGAGCUACUGGGUCAUCUUUGGGGGCACAGAUCUUCCCUGCUGGCUGUGGUUGCCUUGGACUGGAACAGAAGCCCAAAACACAGUGUACAUAAUUUCUGCUCUAAUGUGCUUACCUGAAGUAUAGCUACCAAAGCUUACCAUGGACAUACACAAUAUGAAUGCCAUUUUGGAGGCAAGUAUUCCAACAUGGAUGUUUAGGGGUUUGGAUAAGUGCAGUGCACAGCAUGAAAGGGCUUUGCUGGAAUUUCCAACACUAUGCCAUAUUUUGAUAUUAUAAAAACAAUAUGUAAUUCCUUGUGCAUACUAAAAAAUCAAUUUCUCUGGUUUUGUUUUGCUUCCAGAAAUCCUUUUCUGUUUGCAUGAUCAGACUAUAAUAUUCACUUAUGCCAAGAGAAAUGAAACAAGGUCUGUAGGGAGAACAUGUCAAAUUCUCUGAACAUAAAAUGUCCCUUUUGCAUUCAGACAAGCAGUUGUCUAGUAGGUGGUAGAAGACUACUGAGAAAUCUGGCAGAGUAUGGCUAGCUGAAGGAAACUAAGCCCUCUUUAGGAGUAUACUCUGAACAUGUUUUUUAUAUUUAACUUUAGUUUCAGAUUUUUAUGUUUAACUUCCAUGUGAAUAUUAUUGUUACAAGACUUAUUAAAGGGAUUAUAAAGUCUAAUAAACUUGCAAAAGUGUUUAAAAAUAGCACUCUAGACACAUUUAAUCUUCUGGAUAUGGGCCACAAAUGGAUUAAAUGUAUUGUGUGCAUCUGCGCCUCAUGUGCUUGGCCAAAUUGUAUAAAUCCAAUUUUUCCCUGGGCCAAAGCAAUUAAAUUACACUAAGAAUGCAUGCCUGCUUGCUUCCAGGUUAGCAGAUUACUUUUUCCAAUAGGAUUACUGACUAAUUUGAGUUUGCAGUUACUCAGAAGUGAAUGACUGUGAUUGAUAAUCCAGAAUCAUCAUGCAGGGUCCAACAUGAUUGCUGGCAAAUUGUGUUAUGUAAUGGAAUUGACCAGCUGCAGAGAUGAAGUGUGUGUGACCAGUUUGAAAGGGUAUUUUACUUUUAUAUUACUUUCAAUAAAAUCUUUACCAUGCUAAAGGUUAACAUACAAGUUAACAACCCCUUUAAAGUGGCCCCUUAAACAUCAUUAUGAAUGCUUAGUUGAAAAGAUGCCUAAAAUAGGUCCUUCUAUAAUGUUACAGAUGGACCUGUUCUAGGCAGUUUAUUUGGGCUUCAUCAUUUUUAGGCUUUUUAAGUUAACUUUGCAGUUCUGCCACUGAAAAUGUUAUAUGGUUGCUGGGGUCAUGCCCCCCUGGCAACCAAUAAACAGAUUAUAUUAUACCUAUUUGUGAUUGCUUUCUCUCUAUUCAUACCCUCUCCCAAUGAUCACCAUUUCUUAAUAUACUGCUAUCUAUAUCAUAGUAAAAGUAAAAAUUUUAGGUGAACUACCCUUUUAAAUGGGUUUUUUAUGAUAUGCUUUGCACUAAAAAAAAAUUUUAAUACAAAUAAAUGCUUAAAAUGCUAAAGUUGUUACCUCUUGCUUGGAAAUCUGUUUCAUAAUUCAGUAGUUUGCAUGGACAAAUUAACUUCAUUACCAACUUCCUUAAAUGUUUACUUGGAUCUCAAGUUCAGUUUGUACAUUAAGGGGCCUUCUGUAAAAAUUGCUAAAUAUGCAUCGGUUUACAAUGUUAAAUUGUUUAAGUUUUCGUGCAUUAAUAUAAUGCUAUAAAGAUUUGUAGCCUAAACAGCACAGUUUUAGUGCUGGUAUCUUUUCCAAGGAAAAAGUGCCCAUGUAAAUUUAUGGUGAAUGCCUCAAAUGCAGACAUCUGGGCUUUGACCAUAAUAUCCUUUGUGUGCCAUAACCAUAAAGAUUGCUAUAAACUUUACUCAGAAUUUUGUCCUACUGACUUCUCCCUGGUAAAAUCAGAGAAGCUGUCCUCUGCAGUACUGUAUUACAGAAGUGGGUGGAGAAUGCAGUACAUCUAUCACAGAAGUUAAUGUAUUUCACUUAUGUUUUUUCAUUUAUGGGACUUUUUUAGUGUACAAUGAUUUAUUAUUGAGCAUAAUAUACCAAUUUCAUCUACUGAGUGUGUCAAGUGGCAAAUUAUCUGCCAUGCAAAAGUGAUAUAACCUUUAUGAAUAGGCCCCUGAAAGUCUGUGAGCAAAUGUAGAUCACCAACCCAGUCCAUGCAGGCUGACUGGCUUCAGCCUUUUUGUGACAUGAAAGAUUUGUAAACUACUGAUUUCAUGAAAUAAAUAAGACAGAAGUUCAAAUGUAAGUUAAUAUCAGAUCUUCCAAAUUGCGUUUUUUAAAAAGAACAAAUUGUGGAUAUGAAAACAUGUUAGCGAGCCACUGCUACCGGCAACUUAGUGCAAACAAUGAAAGGAAUACAGAGAUUGUGUCCAAGCCAGAAGUGAACAGUGCUGGCUUUUUAAAAGCCAUAUAAUAGGAUUAAAAAGAAAUAUAUAUGCACUGGACAAAGUCAGGUGUCAAUGGGUGGUCUGUCCAUUUGAUAUAGACACCUUUCUAUAAAUAUGCACUGCAUUUAAAAUCUUAUUGCAUAGUGUGAAUAGAACUGUCCAGUUCCCAUACAUUUGACUAAGGAGUCUUAAACUUAUCUGACCAGCUGGCCAUAUACUAUAAAAUCUGCUCAUUUGGUGACCUUGCCAAAUGAGUGGAUCUUUACCCCAAUAUGCCAACCUAAGGUGAGCAAUAUUGGGCUAAUUUGGCCCUAGGGCCAAACAAUCAGAUUUGGAUAGUAAUACAAGCUGGCAGAGAAAGGACCAAUGCUGUCCUCAAUCCGACAGGAAAAUCAAACCUGCCCAGUUGAUAUUUGCCCAAUUUUCAGCCAAAUAUUGUUGGGUAGGCCUGUUAGACGGCCCCAUUCAUGGGCAGAUAAGCUGUGGUAUCAUCUGGGGUAUUUCAUUGUCUUACAUUAUCAUUUGCUGUUAGGGAGCUGCUGUUGGAUGAGAGGUUUGGCAGUAUUUUUCUGGAGGUUGCUUGAGUUGUAAAUGUCUAAAAGAUAAUUUGGCAUUUUCUACAUAUAAUUUUUAAAUUUAGGUGACUUUAUGUUUAAUAAAUAACAUCAGAAAAUUCAGUUUUUAUGUAUGGUGCUGCAUUUUCAAAAACUAAAAUGUGAUUUUACCAUAAAGCCUGUAAAAUACUUAAAUUAUUAAUCCAUUAACCUUCUAGAAUGCAAAAUAUGCUUAAAUCUUGAUUUUCACACUUUCUGAAUUUCAUCGGCAUUUUUAUUUUUCUAUUUGAGUAUAUGUGCUAAUAUCAAUAAAAACAAAAUAUGUUCUUGUU